CGUAGGACAAUUCUUUCAUGUCCGAUCUAAUGAACUGAAUCACUGAUCCUUCAACAAAACAAAGCCUCUCCCGUCUCUCUCUUCUCUCUGACCUCACUUAGCUUAACGUGCGCAGUGUGCGCAGUGUACACUUACCCUCCUUUCUCAGCACUACUGGCAAAACCCCAAACCAAAACCAAACAGAUCUCCCUUCUCUCUCCUCCCUCUCUGCACUUUAUUAUAUAAUCAAGCACACUCUUAACUUCAUUUUCCCUCAAAAGUUUCAGAACAAUUUAGCAACAAUUUGGAGCAAAGUUCAGCAAAUUAAGCAAUACCCAUUUGAGUUUCAACAGCCAAUUCCAAUACCCACAUCUUAAUUUCUCGAAAAUUUGCUCAAUUUUUGCUCAAUUAGGAGUUUAGGUCAAGCUAACUGACAAUUUUAGAUGUGGUAAAAAGAUAAGUAAUUUGAUGGAUCCUCCAUUGAUAAGUGAAGGUUCAUUCUCAACAGCAAACCCUUCAUUGGCCGAGAUUUGGCCGUUUAAUGGUGGUGGAGGUGAUUCUGACGGUGACGGGAUGUUGGGGUUGAGAAUGGGGAGUGGUGGUGGGUUUAUGAGUAGUUUGCUUGAUGGGUUGUUGAGUAAUGGUGUUGUGGGGGCAAUGAAUAGGGAUGGAUCAAUUGAAGAAUCGACUGUCACUGAUCAAAGUGGAAGUCUUGGUGGCGGCCGUGGCGGCGGUGGUGGGAGAAAGAGGAGAGAGAUUAUCUCAGAGGAUGAGUCUUCUAAGAUUGUUUCCACUACUAGUAGUGGCAAUGAAUUGAAGGAAUCAAAUGGUAAACGCACUAAAACACCGGGUUCUGAGGAUGAAAAUGGCUGUUCAAAGGUUGGAGGUGAAACAGGUUCAGCUGGAGGUAACAAGAAUGCUGAUAAAUCAGCUGAACAGCUAAAAGACUACAUCCAUGUCAGAGCAAGAAGGGGUCAAGCUACAGAUAGCCACAGUCUCGCAGAAAGAGCCAGGAGAGAAAAGAUAAGCGAGAGAAUGAAAAUUUUACAAGAUUUGGUUCCUGGAUGCAACAAGGUUAUUGGAAAAGCACUUGUCCUAGAUGAGAUUAUCAACUAUGUACAAUCCUUACAACGACAGGUUGAGUUCUUAUCUAUGAAGCUUGAAGCAGUCAAUUCUGGGAUGAUCCCUUCUAUCGGGGGGUUCCACUCAAAAGAAGUUAAUCAGCUAGGGAUGCCCUCAUUUGAUCCAAGUAUGAUGUUAGCACAAGCUGCAAGAGAAUUGGCAGCAGCAGCAGGAGGAGGACCGCAACCAGAGUGGUUACAUAUGCAAUUAGGUUUCGGGUCGGGUCAUUGUAACCGUCAGCCCUGUUGUAUGACCCUCUAACUAGUACCUAAAGACUGAAGUGUCUUAGGUUGCUGAAUAUCUGUAUAACCAAAGACAAUUAUGCUUCAACGAAAAUUCUUCUAUUAUAAUCAGACUUUAUUGUAAGAUUUGAUCCUCUUAACUGUAUGUAUCGGAGUUGAUCUCGAAAAAAGAGAAAUAUUGUAUCAAUGUAUGAGAACUAGACCUGUAAAAUGGGUUGCUCGGGUCGGAUUAUAAUAAAUUACUUUCGUUUUUAGGUUA